AUUAGGCCCCUCCUUGCCAGCCCUCUAGUGGCAAGGCACAGCUGGGCUGGUGGGGGACAAUCAGAGAAGGGUUUUCACCUUAAGGUGUGACUGCUCUAAACUUAAGCUAGCACUAAUGCCAGUCAACAUUUGAGCAACUCAAAGUGCAAUGUGUAAAAAGGCCAGCUAAGGUCUUCCUCCUACGGCAGUGAUUUUUAUUGAUAUCCUGUUUGGGCAUUAAUAUUUUGCGAUAGUUAUAUUUGGAUCACGAUCCUGGCAUGCAGCGCCAUCACAGUGGGAACUUUCCAGACCAGCUUUCUGCACAGAGGGAAAAUGCUCAUUCAUGAGAAACCAAGUUCAAAUAGGUAUCUUGGUGUCGUGGCAGGUCAGUCAGGUUUCAACUGGCUCUAAUUGGCAUUCUCAUAGACUCUGAUGUUCUUUAACCUACAGCUGAAUGCCUUUCAAAUAUGUAUGGAUUUUUUUUUUGGCCUUUGAGAACAUUGCACAAACUUAAAAUAAUUACUUACAAAUUGUUCCUUACAACUGAAUGCCCUUUGAUCAAAACAAGUGAGGGGAAAACACGUUAACAUCAGUGGAAACAUCUUUUGAAAAUGCUGUAAGAAGUGCGCAAAAUGAUUCACACGUAUGAAGACUGACCAGGAAUUGAUGAAGGUGGAACUGCAUUUAAUGACUUCCAGGUUCACUUUCUCGUGCCUGAUCUGAACUGAAGGUGAGAGGAAACAUAAGGCGUCUUUCAUUCUGUUUGGACUGGCUGUUUACAGAAGUGAUGGAGACGCUAUUCAGCACAAAAGGGAUCACCAUAUGCCUGCUUUUUUUUGUAUUAAGUUUGGCAGCAGCUAUUCAAAUACCAUUAUCAGUUGCACAGCUUCCAACAAUCACGGAGCAAUCUAAGAUUCAAGUUGCCUACCCCUUUGAUGACGACUUUGCCAUUAAAUGUGAAGCUACUGGGAAUCCACAACCCACUUUUAAUUGGACUAAGGAUGGAAAACCAUUUGAUUUGCUAUCUGACCCCAGGAUAAUCCCAUUUAACAAUUCAGGAACAUUCAUGAUCCAAAACCAUGGAAUCAUGGCUGAUUUUCAAGGAAAAUAUCGUUGCUAUGCUUCAAAUGCACUUGGAACUGCCAUGUCAGAAGAAAUUGAAUUAAUAGUUCCCAGUAUACCAAAAUUCCCCAAGGAGAAAAUUGAGCCACUUGAUGUCGAGUGUGGUGAUUCUGUGGUUUUGCACUGUAAUCCCCCCAAAGGAAUUCCACCCUUGCAUAUCUAUUGGAUGAAUAUUGAUUUGCAACACAUUCCACAAGAUGCAAGGGUUUCCAUGAGCCUUAAGGGGGAUCUCUACUUUGCAAACGUAGAAGAAAAUGACAGUCGAAGCGAUUAUUGUUGCUUUGCAGCAUUUCCAAGACUGAGGACGAUCGUCCAGAAAAUGCCAAUGACGCUGCGGGUAACACGUUUUAAGCACACUAAUGACUCAGGCUCCCCUAAUGCUGCUGUUACUAAGGCAAACUUUAUUAAGGAACGAAAACCCAAACUGCUGAUACCACCUGAAUCUUCUGGCAUUAGCUCGUCAGUCACUGUCAUCAAAGGAGGGGUCCUGCUACUUGAAUGCAUCGCUGAAGGGCUCCCAACUCCUCAUCUAACCUGGACCAGGGUCGGUAGAGACAUGCCCGAGGACAGGGCAGCUAUGGAAAAUUACGGAAAGGUUUUGAAGAUCGGAGAAGUGUCCGCAGCCGAUGAAGGAACUUACCUGUGCAUGGCAAGCAAUUCUGUGGGGAGAGUGAAACAUGAGUUCCAUGUCCAUGUGGAAGAUCAGAAAACUAGGACAGAGAAGUCAAGGGACUCAACCAAGGCCUCAGAUGGGAUUAGUGUCAGAAAACCUCCUCAGUGGGUAAAGAAGCCUGUCAGCAAUGUUUACAGCGUUGGGUCAAAUCUUGUAUUGUUUUGUCAAGCUAUUGGCAACCCUGAACCAACCAUAAAGUGGAAACUUAAUGGGAUGCCCAUUGAUGGGAGGACGUACAGGGGCCAAAUCCUUCCCAGAGAGAUCAGCCUUAUCAACCUACAGCUUCAGGACAGUGCCGUGUAUCAGUGCGAAGCUACGAACAAGCAUGGCACCAUCCUGGCGACUGCCAACGUGAAUGUUAUCAAUGUUAGUCCAGUAGUGCUGACCCCAGAGGGUGAAGACUACGCCACAGUUGUGGGCUAUAGUGCAUUCUUGCACUGUAAAGUUUUUGCCUCACCUCCUCCAGUUAUUAGAUGGGUGAGAGAAGACAGUACGCAGUCACUUGAAGGUCUACGUUAUACCGUAUAUGAAAAUGGCAGUCUGGAAAUAAAAGAAACAAUGAAAGAAGAUUCUGGAUUAUAUACUUGUUGGGUGACAAAUUCCGUUGGAAAAGGUGCAGUCAAUGCCAAUCUGGAUAUUAGAGAUGCUACAAAGCUUGCAGUUACUCCAAAGAACCCACAAGUGCUGAAAUUGCAUUCAGUGUUAUUGAAAUGUCUAUCUGAAUAUGACCCACACUUGAAACACAGCUUUAAAUUAUCCUGGAGAAAAGACGGAGAUGAGCUCCAAAUCAAUAGCACAGAAGAUGGGAGGAUAAUUGCUGACAUGGACACAGUGUUCAUAUCAAGCGUAACAAUGGAGGAUCAAGGUAUUUAUACCUGUGUGGCUAGUACAUCUCUAGACCGUGUUACAGCUGAAUCCCAAUUGAUUGUCCUUGAUGUUCCUGACCCACCUGCAGCCCUUCAACUCUCAGAGAAACAGGACAGAAGUAUUAGAUUAUCCUGGAUAGCUGGAGACAGUCAUAACAGUCCUAUUAAUGAGUCUAUUAUAGAAUUUGAAGAGAAUCGGUGGGAGCCUGGGAAGUGGCAAGAACUAACCCGAAUCCAGGGGAAUGACACGACCGCUGUUUUAUCCUUGGCCCCUUUUAUAAAUUACCACUUCCGUGUUAUAUCCGUUAAUGCUGUUGGGAGAAGCCGGGCUAGUGAGCCAUCAGCACGCUAUGAGACACCUCCAGCUGCUCCAGACAAGAACCCAGAAAACAUCCGAGUUGAAGCUUCUCAACCAAAUGAAAUGAUUAUGAAAUGGGAGCCACUGAAACCUGUGGAGCGCAAUGGCCCUGGACUGGAGUACAAAGUCAGCUGGCGGCAGCAGGGGGUGGAAACUGACUGGAAUGAAGAAUUGGUGAAAAAACAUUCCUUGGCAUUGGGGAAUACUCCCACAUUUGUGCCUUACGAGAUCAAAGUCCAAGCAGUAAAUAGUUUAGGGUCUGGUCCUGAACCAAAUAUUACCACUGGAUAUUCAGGCGAGGACAUUCCAGAUGCUGCUCCUUCCAGUGUAAUGGUGGAGGUCCUGAAUAGCACACUAGUUAAAGCAAUGUGGUCCAGAAUUCCAAGAGACAGAGUUCGUGGACGCUUAAGAGGCUAUAAGGUCAUUUGGUGGAAAACAAGGAGUUUGCUGGAUGGAAAAAGACACCACCCGGAGAAACACUUCCUAACUUUUAUAGGAGACAGAAACCAUGGAAUGAUUCCUGGUCUAGAGCCAUUUAGUGAAUUCCACUUAACUGUUUUAGCUUUCAAUGGAAAAGGAGAUGGGCCUGAAAGCUCGCCAAUCAUGUUCCAUACUCCAGAAGGAGUUCCUGAACAACCACAUUUUCUAAGGAUACUAAACUUUGAUAAGGAUUCUGUCACUCUGUCAUGGGGACUUCCUAAGAAAUCAAAUGGCUUUCUUACUGGCUACAGUUUGCAAUAUCAAAUAAUCAAUGAAACAGAUGAAAUUGGACCUUUGAGUGACGUCAAUAUUACCAACCCUUCGACUUUCAGUUGGAGGCUUUCAAAUCUGAGCUCCAGUACUAAAUACAAAUUCUAUGUGAGUGCCUGUACUAUGAAAGGCUGUGGCAAGCCAAUCACAGAAGAAGGACUAACAAUAACAGAUGGGAGUAAAGGGAUCGGGAAGAUUUCAGGAGCAGUAAAUCCCACCCAAAAGUUUCACCCCAUUGAGGCACUUGAGCCUGGAACUGAAUAUACAGUUCGUCUAGUGACUAAGAAUUGGGUUGAUAACAAUAGCAUUUUUGAAGAUGUAAUUGAGACGAGGGGGAGAGCUUAUGCUGGCAUAUAUGAGGGAAUUUCUACACAAGGCUGGUUUAUUGGACUGAUGUGUGCCAUUGCUUUGCUUACCUUAUUGCUGCUAACUGUUUGCUUUGUCAAAAGGAAUAAAGGAGGAAAAUACUCAGUAAAAGAAAAAGAAGACUUGCAUCCAGAUCCUGAAGCCCAAUCAAUAAAAGAUGAAAUCUUUGGGGAAUAUAGAUGGAAAACUUCUGUGACAAACUCCCAGCUUUGUUGAAACAGGAAAAUGCUGGGCCUUCCAAAAUACGCAAUAGCAGCCUCACUGCAAGAUCUACCUGGAGUUCCCAGGCUAUUUUCCACUGGACUAUCUUACUCAGAAAUUUUCUUUGAGACUGCAUUAUUUCCCACAUCUCGGGGGGGUUUUUUUUGUUGUAGCCUUAGAAGUUCCAUGGGAACCCAUUAUAAAUUGCCUCUUUCCAAUCCUUCUAGGUAAUUAGGCAUCCUAUUGAUUCUGCUGUGCAUAAUAAGAGAUUUUAAUUAAUAUUGUUAGGAUCCAUUUAUUAAAAAUAACUUUUGCCAAAUAACACUCAGUGUAUUUUAACACGUCAUUUAAUCAUUCUUCAUAUACAUAUGUAAAUUCAGAGUUGUGAGCUGGAUAUGUAACGAUAUAACCAAGAUACAAAUACCAAUGAUAUAGAUGGGCUCCAUCAGACAAGACCUUAUGCUUUGCCAGUGAGACAACAAAAGAGCUCUUAGAUACACAGAGUUGGCAUCACUGGUUCCUAAUAAAAGGGGAACUGGCUGAAAAAAAAAGAAAUAUAUUUCAUGGAAAGGUCUUCAAAAUAUUGUCCCUUUUUUCUGUGUAUAUUUUUGACUGGCCCAGAUCCUUCAACACCAUACAAUAGGCUUAAUGCUACCUUUCCCUUAAGCCUCUAGUUUUGUUACCUGAUUCUGAGAUGCAGUGAAAAAGAGAGCAGUCAGCCAAAACGUUCCCAGCAGUUAGAGGUCAGCUGUACAGCCAUGCUCCCUAAUCUGGAUAAGUGAGUGGUUGAGUAAGGCAAAGCCAGAGCAGCCCAAGCCAAACUUAAUGCAAAUGAAGACUACAGAGAAAAGGAAAUGUUGUACUAAAUACAUAUACAGUAAUAUGAAGAAGUAGGCUUGGGCCUGAGAUUAUAGAGAUGACUCUUGAGUUCCAAAGCAUUAUGGCACACGCAAUAACUGUAGAUGCCUAUCAAGACUGGAGUUUGAGGACCAGAGAUAUCUAAGCAGUAGCUGUUUAUACAUACAAAUCACUUUCUCAGCAUCAGCAUUAUCUUUGUUGGAUCAUCUCUGAGAGGGACUGACCCAGAGGCUUGUGGACCUUAAAGAACGAGUCCAUUUUGCUUCAGCUAAAGACCGAAUUUUGUUCGCCAAAGUUGUAGCAGGUCCAUCAGGCUCUCUAACACAGUCCAGCCACCCUCCAAGAAAAGAGACCACCAUAGUGAGUGGGUAUGAAUCAUUGUGCUGCUCUACCUGUUCACAGAAAUACAUGCUUCCUUAUGCAAUUUAUUUAUAUUUCACUUAGACUAGAUACAAGUUCCCAAAACCCUGCCAGUUAUUUAAAAUCACAACCCAUACAUGAAGUCCCAUCCAUGUACCCUUCCACCAAGCAGCAGGAUAUCAACAAAUGCUAACGGCCCCGUGUAUUAACCUAACCUGGAUAAACCCACACCAUUUCAGAGGACCAGUGAAAUAAAUGGGGCCUUCAGCAGGCUAUACAAAUGGCUCUCUGCUUUCCAAAUGAGACUCUUUAUGCUUCGCUCUUUAAAGAUGAUGUGAAAAAUAAAUUACCAAAGCUGGUUUUCAGCUUUUCUUCUUUUCUUCUUUCUUCCUGCUUUUGUCUCCCCUCAUCUUUCUCCCACAGUUUCAGUGGCAAAAGGAGGUAGGGGGGAAAACAAAGAGCAAAGAUCCAAAUGGGUAUUUCUCGGUGAAUCACAACAAUUCAAACAGUCCCCAAACCACCACGCACCAGCUACGUAACAUCCAUUGGCUCAAGCAAGAUAAUAUUCCAUGCACCAUGUUCAGAAAUUUUCCCUACGUUAUUAUUAUUUUUUAAAAUAUUUUGCUCACUCCUUCUUGAACAUUUCUCUUCAUUUGCUAAAGUUAAAUGCUCAAUUGCCAGAGCUGUAAUACAAAGCUAGGUUUUAGGAAGAUUUUUCUUUAUU